UGCUAUGGGCAACUGCUCCGCUGUUCCUCUGCACGAGCUUUGAUAAAUCUUGCAUAGUGCGGAUAUUAUAAUCGGAUUUGCGGAAACUGCCGCAGUGAAAUCCGCACUUGUAUUGGGCACUGUUACUAAGCUCAUUUCUCUAUUGGGCACUGUUAUGGGGUCACUUUUCUGUUGGACACUGUUAUUGAGAAGAACGUCAUUCCUAGUCCCGGCCUCAAUGUCACUUCUGCGCAUGCCCACAUAAGGCUCCGCCUACACAUGUAGACGUCAUUAUCCUGCGCCUCCGGGCCGGUGUUCUACAGUGGGGCGGGAUAUUGGAACCAGCAUGGGUUUUCUGCGGUUGCUAGGAGACGCCCGGGCCUGGUCGCUAUGGAGACCCCAGACUGUUAGUAGACUCGCUCGUUAUUUCCAGGCAGAUCCGGUGUCCCGGGACGUGGUUCUCUUCGAGCACAACAGGCCGCGCUUCUUCCGCCUGCUCGGCCUCUUCUGUGUGGGCCAGGCCGGUUUCUGGGCAUACAUGGCUCACUUCGGUUACACAUCUCUGCGGGACAUAAGACAGAGCGGCUCCGGGGAAGAGAAGGAAGUCAAGGGAAGGAACAUGGGCUCCCCCUUGUGGCGGGCGACGUUCACGCUCAGCUGCCUGUCAGUCGGUUCCCUGGUAAUGGCGGCAGGUUUGCUGUUCUCCCGCCGGUCUGUCAGUGCUGUGACGCUGCACGCAGGAGCGGACAGAGUGACCAUUGCCACAGCAGGAGUGUUCGGCCUCGGUUCAUCCUUCACCGUCCCGCUGAGGCACAUAUCUUGCAUGGCUCACCGUGCACAGGUUCCAGCCAUGGUUCCCUUGAAGGUUAAAGGUCGACCGCUCUACUAUUUGUUGGACAAGCAAGGACGGGUUUCCAAUGGCAAGCUGUUUGACCUUACCGUGGGAGCAUACCGUACUCUAUGACGUUACUUCCAGAAAACCUAUCUUACUAAAACUGACAAGAAGAAUCUCCAAGCCUCCCAUUUUCCUUAUGAGAAGAUACUUCUACACGUCUUCGUUGUCUUCUAGGAACACCCUUCUUCUGGAAAUGGAAUUUGUUACCUUCUACACAGGAAAAGGCUGAAUAUUCAUUGUUUUUCUUUUGGUUAUUUCUCGUUUUAUUGACUUAUUACUUACUCUCAUCAAAGAAAGGAGAAGAUACUAGGACUCACGGACUUAUAUCACCUGUCACCUCACCUGAUUGGUCAUCGGGAACAUACACCUGUACAGCAUGUUUGGUUGUAUUCUCUAAAGUUUUUUCUCUGUACCUGUUUACUGUUAUUUCAGCUGCUAUUUGAGUAGUAAAGAAUUUGGAACAGCAUAUUA